CUAUAAAACGCUGCAAUGUUUCAGAGAAAUACAAAAAGGUUUCCUGCGGCGGAGCGGUGUCGUGUCUCAGCUGGUAUGAUGGCAGGAGCGGUACGUGUACUGGUGGCUCUGCUGCUGGCGGUGGCGGGCUGUACGGCUGAGACCUGCACAGAACCAGUCAUUAUACCGUCCUACUACACCACCUCCGAUGCCGUCAUCUCCUCUGAAGUGGUCUUCAUUGUGGAGAUUUCUCUGACCUGCACAAAUGGCGCACAGAACGUUGCACUUUAUGCUGAUGUCAACGGAAAACAGUUCCCAGUUACCAGAGGCCAGGAUGUCGGAAAGUAUCAGGUCUCCUGGAGUUUGGAACACAAGAACGCUCACUCCGGCACCUAUGAAGUGAAGUUCUUUGAUGAAGAAUCGUACAGUCUCCUGAGAAAGGCCCAGAGGAACAACGAAGACAUCUCCGCCAUCAAGCCUCUCUUCACCGUCAAUGUUGAUCACAGGGGUGCAUGGAAUGGUCCUUGGGUAUCCACAGAAGUGUUGGCGGGAUUGAUUGGUAUUUUAUUAUAUUACACAGCAUACACUGCAAAAGCAAACAUCCAAGCAUAAGAAAGAAACAAGCUAUGUUAAGGGAGUGUGACUGACACUUCUUGGUGUAUAAAGUUGUCAUGUUUUGUCAUUUAAUAUGAAUAAAACUUUUUUCU